AUGACAACACUCGACAGUUAUCAUAUUAUGAUAGUUUCAAAAUAUUUCAAAACAAUUGAAGACUAUAUUAACUUGGAAUUGGUGUGUAAGAAAUGCAUUUGUAACAUGGAAAAGUUUCAUUUCAACCCGAUUCCCCUAAGUUACAAAACGAUAAAAUACUUUCCAAACAUCGAGACACUUCAUUUAUGGCACAUGUAUGAUGAAAAUUUUGGUAAUGAGUUUCUUGUUGAUCAUCAAAAUGAUAAAUGUCACCAAAAUAUUAUUAAAUGUAACAAUGUUGUUGUAACAAAAUCGUUUUAUCAAAUUGUCGUGUGGUUUCAUGUAUAUUACCCCACAGUCGAUCAAUACAAAAAUUUAAACUUCAAAUUCAAAAAUGUUAUUUACACACAAAAUGAUCGUAUCAAAUUUGGGAAUACAAUACCAUUAUGUGUCACACAAAUUGGACUAUAUUGUUUCAAUGAAUGUCAAAAUCUGAGUAGUAUCAUAUUACCAUCAAAUGUCACAUCACUUGGGUUUGGGUGUUUUAGUUGUUGUAAAUAUUUAAGUAAUAUAGUUAUACCAACCAGUGUCAUAUCAAUUGACGAUUAUUGUUUUUAUGAGUGUAGAAGUUUGAGUGAUAUAACAAUACCUAUAAAUGUGACUACAAUUGGUGAUUAUUGUUUUAGUAAAUGUAAUUGCCUUAGCUAUGUUAAUAUUCCAUCUAAUGUCAUCUCAUUGGGUUUUGAGUGUUUUGAUGGAUGUAGUAGUCUAAGCAGUGUGGUAAUACCGUUAUGUUAUACAUCAAUUGAUGAAAAUUGUUUUCCAGCAAAUACCAAAAUUUAUGAUCCAAAUGGUCUAGUUAACCGAUUUAUUGUGUCAAAGUCGCAAUAUAUUUAA